GUCACCAUGAGUUGGGUUGCGAGGAAAGCCAAUAUUCAGGGUGACGUCUGGCCCGGCCUGCCAAAAAGGUUCCAGACCUUCCUAUUCUUCAAGAUCAGGAAGCCAGAUGAAUUCAAGACGCGACUCCGAUCUUUCGUGGAUGAACAUAUCACCACGGCCCAGGAGGCUUGUGACAUGAAGAACCAGAUCUUGGCGGCAAAGACAAAAGCCAAGGACAGUGGUGUCCCGGCCAAGAUUCUGCCCUUGCCAGGCGUCAACAUUGCCUUUGCCUCGACUGGUCUAGCAGCUCUGGGAAAAUUCACCUUCAACGAGGCCGCCGUCAAGAAGGACAGAAAUCUAUCCAAGAUCUUCAAGAAGAACCAGCUCCGUGGUGGCUUGUUCGGGAAGGGCAUGUAUGAUGACCUGGUGGGUGAGGGCUGGGACGAGCCGAAAGAGCUUCGAUCACAGUUCAAGCCGUCUGCGGGAAAGCGGCUGAUUGAUGGCGUGCUGAUGGUAACGGCGAGUCGUGCGGAAGACUUGAGAUACAAAGUCCUUCGCGUCAAGGAACACUUCCUUAAGGAGCCGGGCAGUGAUGAUCCUGAUACUGUUCGGUACAGCAAUGACCCCUGCCUUGAGUUCCCGUUCACCAGCCAGGGUCGAACUCGUCCUGAAAAGGGCAAGGAACACUUCGGCUUCGAGGACGGCAUUAGCCAGCCCUUGAUCGAGGGAUUGGAUGAAGUGGCGCCCAAGGACAAAGAGCCAAAGGCUGUCAAGUCAGGAUUGAUCUUCGCCAGACACGACGGCGACCCUAUGAACCAGCCGGAAUGGGCCGAAGACGGCAGUUUCCUCGUGAUCCGUGACCUUCAACAGCUCGUCCCUGAGUUUGAGAAGUGGCUCGAAGACAACAAACACAAUGCGCCGUUCGCCGCGGACUCUGAUGACCCGAAGGAAAAGCUUGCAGCGUAUCUGAUGGGCAGAUGGAGGAACGGAACCCCCGUCGACGAGAGCCCUCACCACGACAAAGACCCAAACCUUUUCCGAUCCAACAACUUUGACUUCCACCCUGUCGACAAGCACGACAAAUGCCCCUUUGCAGCUCACAUCCGCAAGAUGCGGCCCCGCGGCGACCUGAACCACGAUCACGCGGUUAUCAUCCGUCGUGGCAUCUCCUACGGAGACGAAGUGACGCCUGAAGAAAAGGCCGCACAGAAGUCUUCUGAGGAGAAGGAGCGCGGCUUGAUGUUCGUGUGCUACCAGAGUGACAUCCGCAACGGAUUCAACUUCUUGACCACCCGCUGGGCUAGCAACCACCACUUCCCGGACCGCAAGGCGAACUUUGUUGGCGAGCACGGUCCCGGUAUCGAUGCCAUUGUGGGCCAGAGGCUUAAUCACCACCCGGAGCGCUCUAUCGGUCUGCCUGAUGGCAAGCAUCCUACUGAGGCGCGCAUUGGACUCGACCGCUGGGUGAUCCCACGAGGUGGUGAAUACUUCUUCACGCCAUCCAUCAAGGCAAUGAAGGAGUAUCUGACUGGCCCCCCUGAUUAUCCGCCAGAGCUUGCCGGCCCUUGAGAGUUGUUGUCUUUUAGGGAGCAGACCUGUUAGCCGCAUAACGAAUCUAAUAACCAUGAGCAAUUCAUCAAGAGCGGUGAACGUAUCCAUCCAGACUGAAAGUCCCCCGCUGUAUCACCACUCUGGCUGUGCGAGCGUCUGUGCAAAUAGGACCUGUGUAGUCAGCUGUCGUGAAUAAUUUGUCGCGCUAAACCCUUCGAGAAUUGCCCAGGACGGCGAUGUUAGCUUCGAAGAUAAUGUGGCGAUGCUAACGGACUACUGUCUCAUCACCGCGGACGAGACAGAGGACUAUGGAAGGUGGCCGAGAAGCUGUUUGUACAAGUGAUGGAGACUCGCAAGGCGAAGCUCGGGGCCGAUCAUCCCGACACGCUGAGCAGCAUGGCCAACCUGGCGUCGACGUACAGGAAUCAGGGCCGGUGGGAGGUAAUUUAUCUCUAUAAGAGCGGACAGGAUCCCGAGUUUUUUUUUACCAUCUAUGGUCGUAUGUGCCUAUCAUAGGCCUCACAUCAGCUCAAGUCCAUUCAUUAUUACCACUGGUGAGCAAUAUAGACGGUAAGUACCAAGUGAAAUCUGUAUGACAAUCAAGCAAUGAAGCAAUAAACUAUGAUACUAUCGUAAUAUAUCACUCUUGAACUACAUA